UCAAGGAUCCGACUUUACGGCAGGUAUAAACCGUUUUCAGGUAUAAAGGUCUCAGCUGGUAGACAUCCUCGUUUAAAGCUCAGUCUACCUGUAAUGAGGACCACUCGUGUCUGAUGGCCAUGAUGAAGCUGCUGCUGCUGAUCGGACUGGCGUCCCUAACCGCCGCGCACUCUAUACCUCGUGUUCAAGAUGUACAUGAGGUCUAUCCGAACGGAGAGGAUGUGAAUCCCCUGAUGAAUCUGGGUUCAAAGGACAACUUGGUAGAGGGGGACAUCCUGCUACCGGAAGGUCGAAACGCGCUGGUGGAUACACGCUACAGAUGGAAGUUUCCUAUCCCCUACAUCCUUGGAGACGACCUCGACCUGAACGCGAAGGGCUGCGUCCACCAGGCCUUCGAGAUGUACCGCCUCAAGUCCUGCGUGGACUUCAAGCCCUACGAGGGAGAGAAGACCUUCAUCAAGUUUGAGAAGAGAGGCGGGUGCUUCUCCAGCGUGGGUGACCAGCAGAACGGGCAGAUCCUGUCCCUGGGUGACGGCUGCGACCACAAGGCCGUGAUCGAGCACGAGCUGCUGCACGCACUGGGCUUCUACCACGAGCAGUCCCGGACGGACCGCGACGACUACGUGGACAUCUGGCUGGACCAGGUCAUCCCAGGAAUGGAGCACAACUUCAACAAGUACAACGACGACUUCAUCACGGACCAGAACACGGCGUACGACUACGAGUCCAUCAUGCACUACCGGCCGUUCUCCUUCAACAAGAACGACUCGGCCCCCACGGUCACCACCAAGAUCCCCGCCUUCUUCAACAUCAUCGGCCAGUACCUGGACUUCAGCCGCCUGGACGUGCUCCGGCUCAACCGCAUGUACAACUGCUCCGGCCCCCUCACCCUAUUGGACCAGUGUGCCUUCGAGACGGACAGCGUGUGCGGGAUGAUCCAGAGCCCCUCGGACGACGCAGACUGGGUCCACACCGCCAGCCGGCCGGGGGCGGAGGACCACACCCUGAUGGGCCGCUGCAGAGACGCCGGUCACUUCAUGUACUUCGACACGUCGUCGGGCCCCCCCCAGACCUCCGCCCUGCUGGAGUCCCGGACCCUCUACCCCCGCAGGAAGGGCCAGUGCCUGCAGUUCUUCUACAAGAUGACCGGAGACCCCCAGGACCGCCUGGUGGUCUGGCUCAGGGAGGACGACGGCACCGGCACCAUCCGCAAGAUGAGGAAGGUCCACACCUUCCACGCCGACUCCGACCACUCCUGGAAGAUCGCUCACGUGUCCGUGGCGUCGACGGUGAAGUUCCGCUACUCGCUCCAGGCGGUGCGGGGCGGGGCCGCGGCCGCGGCGGGUGGCGUGUUUGUGGACGACGUGGCGCUGACGGAGACGGCGUGCCCCGCCGCCGUCUGGCGGAUCCAGAACUUCUCCCGCAUCAUGGAGGGGCCGGACGCCACCAUCCCCAUCAACAGCCCGCCCUUCUACAGCCCCGAGGGGUACGCCUUCGGCGUGCAAGUCGUACCGCGCUCCACUUACAGUGACUACAGCGGCGACUACACCGGGCUGUACUUCCACCUGGUCAGCGGCGACAACGACGUGGUGAUGGACUGGCCGGCCGUCAACCGGCAGGCCCGACUGGUGGUGAUGGACCAGGACCCCGACGUCACCCAGAGGAUGUCCACCGCACGCAGCCUCACCACCGACAUGAAGACCAUGGCCGACGGGAGGCUGAUGUGGGACGAACCGUCCAAGGUGGGCACGCUGGACCCGGCGUGCGGAUGCUACCGCGGGCCGUCCUGGGGGUGGAGAAACUUUGUGAAGCACUUCGACCUGCGGCGCCGUAGCUACCUGAAGAACGACGACCUCAUCAUCCUCUUGGACUUUGAGGACAUAACGUCCCUGGUGAAUACAGAGGUCCCCAUCCAGCCCAUGGCGGUCUAGGAGAUCCUAGAAUUGUUUCUGUGGCAGCGAAACCAGACGUGUUGCUCUCGGACACACAACACACAAAUAAUGUGAAUCUAUAGACCAAUCAUUUCUUUCAAUACAUCUACAAAGGCAAAUCAUGUGCAUACAUGUGUACUGUUUCAGUGGGAUCCGGGCCUAGAAACAUGAUGGCUCUGGGUCUAGAAACAUGAUGGCUCUGGGUCCAGAAACAGGAUGUGGAGCUGAGUCAAGAUGGAUCUGAACUCCUGAAUCUGAACCUAAAAUGUCUUGUUUUUCUUCUCCUGGUGGAGAAUGAGGAGGGUUGAUGUGUUACUACAGAGUUAUGUGUUCUCUCCACUGAUUAAACAUCAAUAAAGGGUUAAUGAUU